AUGAAGAAUAAGUACAGUCCUCUUUCAGACUCUGACGAGUCUUUCAAAACGCUCAUUGAUGAGAAAUCAGAUAUACAUUCUUCAGAGGGUACGCCUCCUCCGUAUUCAGCUCCGAACAAAUUUAUUGAUUUAGAAAUGGCUGAUGGAUCUGCUCAGCAUUCUGCCCAAGAGUCCACUAACAACGCUGGGUCGGAUUCGAGAUAUUCGAAGUGGAUUCGAAUAGCUAUCUUCUUUUUUUUGCAUCUUUUGUCAAUGUCUCUAAUUCCUAAAGAAUGGUUCAAGCAAACUGGUACAGUGCUAUCCAACAUGUGUGCCAACAUGUGUGUCGCAGUAAUAUGUACGGCUUCUCUGAAUGCCCCUUGCUAUUCCGUGUAUUAUUUUGUAAAGAAGGUAAUAGGAUUUGAAAAGAUGGACAAAGGGUUUUUCUAUUUUGUUUGCAUUGUUAACGUUGCCGUGUUUGUUUUAUUUUGGAGUACGGAUACGCGACAACUUCGAAUCUUCAUUGCUGAUUUAGGAAAUGGCAUGGGAAACAUGGUGAAUGACAUACCAAACGGCAUAAGAAAUGCUGCAAAUUAUGUUCGACCGACAGAUCCAGAAAAUGAAGCACCUCAAAACGAAGAAAUUGAGCUUCAACCUUUUGCUGGGCAAAGCGCUGAAGUUUGA